AUGGAGCAGUGGGAAGCCAACCCGCAAUUUGCAACAAAGACUCUCAGCGAGCUUGGCAGGAUGAAACGUUUCGAGAUAGUGGAGCGUGUUCUUGAAUGCAUGUCCUUGAGCAGGCUGGAAGCCAAUGUGUACCAUUACACAGCUGUCAUUGCAGCCGGUUCGAAGAGUGACAGCUGGGAGGUCUCCAUUCAUUUCCUGUCAAGCAUGAAGGCGGCCGCCAUCAUACCCAAUGAAUACAGCUACAGUUCAGCAAUCACAGCAUGCGAAAGAGGCAGUCAGUGGCAUCGUGCUCUUCAGCUGUGUGCAGAGAUGAGGGAGUCCAUGUGCCCGAAUGAAGUCACACUUGGAGCCAGCAUCACUGCAUGCGCUCGAGCUGGGCAGUGGACCUUAGCCCUGCAGUUUCUGUUUGAAUCGGAGCUCGCCGCUGUUCAACCAAAUACUAUCUCGAUGAGCGCGGCGAUCACUUCGUGCGAGAAGGCCAGCCACUGGCGACCGGCUGUUGCUUUGCUGCAGAGCAUGAUCAACAAAGGCAUUCCAACUGAUCACAUCAGCUACAGUGCCGCCAUCAGUGCGUGCGAGAAAACUGGGAAUUGGGAGAUGGCUUUGUCAAUCCUCGGAAAUUCCAUGGGCUCAUCACUUGCCCCAGACAGCGUAAGUUUCAAUGCUGGAAUGAGUGCGUGUGCUGCAGGUAGCCAGUGGCAAGCCGCAUUGACACUGUGGCAUGAACUGCCCAGGCAUCGAGUACUCCCAGAUACAAUAGGGUUGAGCGCAGUCAUUGUUGCUUGCGAUCGGUGUGGGAAGUGGGAAGCUGCACUGGGCUUGCUCAGAGACGGAUUACAUUCUGCUAUGAUUCCGGACACGAUUCUAUACAACUCCGCCAUUCAUAGCUGCGAAACAUCGCUAAAGUGGAACCUUGCCCUUGCACUCUUGUGCGAGAUGAGUAGCAAAAAGAUUGCUACAAAUGAGAUGAGCUAUCGUUGCGUCAUCGGUGCAUGUCGGGGUCAGCAGUGGCAUUUGGCCGUUGACUUGUUUGCAGAAGCCGUGCAGACGUUUCAACCGUCUGCAAUCACGUACAGUACGGUAGUCCUGUCCUGCGUGAAGCAGGACCAGUGGGAAGUUGGCCUGUUACUUCUGCAGCGCAUGUUGGCAGAUGUGGGGUUUCCUCAAGCACCAAGUGCUUUUGAUGGGCUGAUCCAGAGUUGCUGCAUCAAGGGCAAGCUGGUGGUAGCCGCGAGGCUUUUACAAGACUGGGCUGAGGGCGUUGCGGUCUUGUUCUUCAGAAAUGGCGCUGCUCCCACGCACCGCCCAACGGCAAGGAAACGACUGCGACGAAUAUACUCGAGUGAGAAGGAAUUGAUGGAGGCGCUGGAGCCACCCCCCUCCGUGUGUCGCCAUCUCUUGCUGGGCGAGUCUGAGGAUGGCGACAUGACAGUGGUGGAGCGCCGCGUCAGUCUGAAGGAUCCAGUCUCGCUGCAGCUCAUGGAGUGUCCCGUUAGGGGGCCGAACUGUGAUCAUCUUGAGGCAUUUGAUCGACGCGCUUACCUGGACUUCAAUGAGAUGAUGGAGCGGGACAAAUGGUGCAAACUGACUCGGAGGUGGCUUUGCCCGUGGUGUCAGGUUCCAGCCAGAGGCAAGGACCUGGUGGAGGCUCCGGAGUUCAAGCGAGUGCUUGAUGAGAUGCGACAAGCAGGCUCCGACGCGACUUAUGCAAUAGUACAACAAGAUGGAUCGCUCAGAAUGCCAUUUGUUGCAGCAGACAGGAGGAUCCAGACCUCGUCAUUCAAGCGCAAGUCGUCCUCCAGCGUGGACAACGUCGACACCUCCAGCGACGCGGACUCUCCCAAGUCGCUGAGUGUGACAACAUGUGAGGUUCAGGACCUGCGGUCUCCACAGAGGCCCGGCAAGCGAAGGGGCGACGAGCGAAAAUCUGCAGAAGACGUGGAGCCGAGUCAGCCGAGCCCGACUCACCCGACUCCCUCCAUAUCGGAGCCUGUCCGACCCGAGCCGCCCGCGGGGCCAUCCUACAAAGAAGGAGGUGAGAUGCCGAGGUGUGAAGCUGUCGAAGACACUUCAUCCGGCAAGGUCGAGGAAGUUGGCUCUGUCGAGGAUCGUCAAGAUGCCGUUCCAGGUCUAGACGAUGGAGCCAGGUCGAAAGCCAACCUCCGAUCUCCAGGACAACUCAACAGCAGCAAAGCCAUGCCGGCAUUGGCAUCGGCCAAGGUGUCCUCCAAGAAGAGUCGGAAGGCAGCCCUUGCGGCAGCGAAAGAGGCGUCGUUGAUGCGCUUGAGCGGCGCAAGCAAGCAGCAGCCCAGCAUUUUGACGUACUGUCAACAGCUGGCACGCUGUACGGCCUAG